CCGACUGACCAACGCGGGCCACACAAUGGCCAUCACAAAACAUUGUCGCCAAUUAUUGUUGCCAUCGAUUACCGUAACUAUUGUUAUACAAGCAAUCGUUUCGUGUUGUCUAUUGUUGUUGUGGCCAACAGUAGUGGCCACUGCCGCUACAGUCACGGCCAGCAGACAGUCUGGAACGGAAAAUAUGGUCAACACCGCCAACGCCGUCGCCGCCGCCACCACCGUCUCAACAACAACUGUUAGCUGCAAUUAUACAGCCUAUCCGUCCACCGGAUGUCCGCCCGACGGCCAUCAAUUGUGUUCAAACUUGACCAACACUUGCCACUGUGACCCGGCCGGUCACUAUCGUAUCGAGUACGGCCCCGAUCAGUGUCUGGCCAUGAAGUCCAUUGACGACAAGUGUGUGACCAGCGAUCAGUGUACGAAAACGGCUAAAUCGUUGCUCUAUUGCUAUCAUUUCGAUAGYRUCCACAAAAAACUGGUCAAACURGAGACAACCGCCGCAGUCGCCAGURSUGGCAAUCAUCAACACAAUCGAUCGGCGGCCAGUUUUCCGGCCGGUUUUUGCCGCUGCGAUGAUCAUCAUUACUAUGACUACGAGGCCAACCAGUGUCGCCAUUUGAAYGACACAACAGCAACGGCCAACAACAACAACGGUCUAUUCCCGACCAACGAGUAUGAGGUCACCCGAUUGACUAAUAUGAUUGACGAAUACUUUUGUAGCCAAUGCUCGGCCAUCGAYGACCAYUCGCAUUGCGAUCGCAAAACAGUGACCUGUCAGUGCAACGACGGCUACUUGAAGACACAUUUCGGCAAAUGUGUGGCCAAACGUCAACUGUAUCAACGGUGCGGCCAUUCGGACGAAUGUGUGGUAACCAAUUCGUACUGCGAACCCAUUGUACGCGAAUGUAUAUGCAGUUCGGGUUAUAUACCCGAUAGUCAUCGCAAAUACUGUAUGAAAGGACGGCAACUGUUCGAGAGGUGUACCGAACAGCGUGAGUGUACCUAUUUGUACGGCCAGUGCAAUCCCGUACAAUCGGUUUGUUUGUGCGACAGUUCAUCCGUACUGUUGAACACCUAUGCGCCCGCCUGUGCCAAACGUACCGGCUAUGGCCAGCCAUGCGAUCAGCGACAUCCSGACGUGGUCUGUGCGCUGACCACUUCGCACACGCUGUGCAAUCGCCAGACCAGUCGAUGUGUCUGCCAGAAUGGCUACAUGUUUGUCGGCAACGAAUGCCACAAAAUGACGGCCAACAGUGCCGGGGUCGGUGGCGGCGGUAGUUUUGCCAACGAUCACCAGUUUCACGACGAUAUGAUGGACACCCAGAAAAACCCGAUGACCUACAUUGUGAUCAUUUUCUGUACGGUUUUCGGGUUUACAAUAUUUGCGUCGAUUCUCAUAAAAAUGUUUCGCAAACCAUUUACCCGAACCCAACUGGCCCUCUACGAUAUCAAUACAACAUUGAAUCACAUGCAGGCCAAUCAGGAUCGCGGUGGUGGUGGCGGCGGCGGACAGGCAGCCACCACGGCAUCAUUGCCACUGGUGGCUGCACCGGCAACUGCCGGAAUACCUAACGCACCGCCCAUGUAUACGGAACGGGAGGCUCUAAGGCCCAGUUGCGUGACUACCGGCGGCACUGGUGGUUGUGGUGAUGGCAAUGAAGAUAAGCCUCCGUCCUAUGAGGAGGCAAUCUCUGGCCAGUUUGCUCACAAUGUUUAGUCAUAUACUACUGUGUAUAUAUCGGUAUAUAUUUACCGACAUUUUUGUUUUUUUUGUGCAGUCCUUCCCCWCCCUCCCUGCCAUCAAUGCCAAUGUAGUCGAUGGGAUGGUUGGUUGAAUUGAUUUUGUUUGUUUGUUUUUUUAUCGCACAUAAUUAUUAUUAAUUAAUUGAUAGAUAGAUAGAUAGAUAGGUUUCAUAAAUUGGUGGUCACACACACACACACACAUGCAAUUUGAUUAUAUAAUUAUUAGCUUUAUUUUAAUAUUUUUAAUUUCAUGAUUUUUUUGUUUUUUAAAGGGUAUCAUAAUUUUAUUUUUUUACAUUUACUWCUAUGAAUUUAAUUUUAUCCCAUAAUUAUGGGAUGGGAGGUGURGACAGUUAUGUCAUCCAGGAACCUCUGCCCCCUUCCCCCAUCAAAUGAGUCUCUCAAAUAAGUUUUUUUUAAUUGAAAAUUUGUUACUAACUU